AUGGUUUGCAGUUUGGGUGAAAGUAGUCGACCAACUCCAUGGACGAGUGGUGCUGUUUCCCUUCUAUCCGCGUCUGGAAACGAAACGCAGAUGGAUAAGAUCAAUUUUCCCCACCCUGUUGCGGAGGCCUUAGCCCAGCGUGGAAAAGGUGCAGAUCACGUCAAACAAAUGAAAAUGUUAGCGGCUACUGACGGACUUCAUGCUCCGUUGCGACUAUCCAUGGAACAGCGUAUCAUGAGACGCGUUCAACCUCGUUUACCUGGACUGUAUUCGCAUCACCCAUUGGCGGCUCAACUAGAUGGCUCAUUAGAUGAUAUCGAUGUUGUGGACUUCUUAAAUCCUCCUGAAGAUGCGGAAUGUGUCGGUAUGCCCCAUCUGUUAAUGGAAAAACGGUUGGGUAUUUUGUGA